AGGAGGGAAAAAAGGGGAAGCUGAGCCUGGGAAGCCGGAGUUGCUGAAGAGCGAGCAGAGCAAGCAAACGCGCUCCACAAUCCGCUCUUUCUUCCCCUUUGGCCUCUCUCCUCCUUCCCUUUAUCCCAAGGCAAAGCCGGGCAAACUCUGGCCUUGGAGGUCCCACUGAUUGCUGUGGCCAUGUCGGUGAAUGUUACCCUUAGCGGCCCACCUCCUUGGGGCUUCCGGAUAACAGGCGGAAGGGACUUCAGGAAGCCCAUCACCGUCUCUAAGGUGACCGAAUGCGGCAAAGCAGCCCAAGGCGAUCUUCGACCUGGUGAUGUCAUUGUCUCUAUCAACGGAGAGAGCACUUCGGAGAUGCUCAACGUAGAAGCACAAAACAAGAUUAAACAGAGCUCUGGGCGUCUCCAACUCUUAAUAGACAGGACUCCGCAGUUUUCUCUGAGCCAGACCAAUGGCGAAAGUUCCCCAGAGAUGCUAUCCAUACAGUUUCAGGGUGCCUUGAGAACCAGGGAUGAUGGGCAGAACUCAGUGCGAUCCUCCUUCUCUAGCCCGGCUUCCAUCAGUCCGCGGCCCAGCAGCCCUUUCUCUCCUCCGUCUCCCGGAGGCCGAUCCGGGAGCCCAUACAGCCCUCGAAGAACCAGUUUGUCUGGUGAAGGCAGAGAGGACCCCGUGGCCAACAACCGCAGCUUCCAGUCUCUGGUGAGUCCGGCCAGGGUCUCCGAAGAACGGUCUCCACCGCUGCAGGGCCAGCAAUAUUCAAGCAGCAGACAGGAGCGGAGGAGCUUCACCCCUCCCAGUGGUCCUCCAUUGCCAAGUCUUCCUCCGCUGAACGGCUCUCCAUCUUCAGGAUCGUAUACACUCUGCAACCCUUGGGAGAUCAGGAAGGAGCAGAACCGGAGCCCCUCCAGCCCUUUCCAUCGAAGCUACAGUCUGGAUUCAGAGGCAGCCAUGCAUCGUUUGGAAGGGGACUCGGAGGUUUACAAGAUGAUGCAAGAAAACCGUGAAACCAGGGCUCCUCCGCGGCAGUCGAGCACCUUCCGCAUGCUGCAGGUGGCUCUGGAGUUGGAUGAAAAAGAUGGCACGGCCACUCACUUCCCCAGCCAGCUGUCUCCCAACAACGCUCACAAACCGGUCAAUAGUUCUGCGACAGGCAGCAGCCCAAAGAUGCACACUUGUGAGAAAUGCGGUGGCGGCAUCACGAAUCAGGCGGUGAGGAUCCAAGAGAACCGCUACCGCCACCCCUCCUGCUACACUUGCACCGACUGUGGCCUCAACCUGAAGAUGCGCGGCCACUUCUGGGUGGGCGAGGAGAUGUUCUGCGAGAAGCACGCCCGGCAGCGCUACCAAGGGCCGGCAGGGGGAAGCAUUGCCACGGCCGUCUACUCCCAGUCCUAAAGCCGCAGGAGAGAUGACUCCCUCCCAAUAUCUAACCAAUCUGUAUGAUUGCCAGAGGCUCCCCUGGUCUCUAUUGAGCCUUCCUCUUCUUGCACCUUUCCCGUGAUUCAGCCAGCGAAGACAUGCCCAAGAUGGGGAAAUCCUAGAGACAUGCCCAAGAUGGGGAAAUCCUAGUGCUCAAAUUACAAAGGACGUGGGGAACUUGAAAAGGGGGAAUGGAGCUCCUCAGUGCAUUUCCAGCUAGCUUCUUAGGUGUGGGAUUGUUCUCUUACAAAGGCAAAUGUUUGUAUUUGCAAGUAUUUGGCACUUAAUGGCUUCAACAGGGAUGAUUUGUGGGACUGGUUUCUUCUCGUGCCUUUAGAGUGGUCCUGCCUUCAGCAUCCUUGUUCUCUUAAUGACAAGCAUCAAAGCCAAACGGUUCUUGCUAGUCCCAGCAUCCCCAGGGCAAAUGGCCAUGUUGCUCCCUUCUGCUGCCAAUAACACAUCCACAUAUCUACGUAGUAAAUGGAAAUGGAGGGAGGGUCAUUUGAACCAGUAGGUACUGAGUUGGCACGGGGGCAGCUUUGACUGUUGGCUCUGCCUGUAAAGCUUUCUCUAAGAUAUUAAGCCAGAUCUUUAUGUGAAAUAUAAUAUAUAUGUGUGUGUCUGUUAAAAGUU